CAAUUCGGCAAAAGGAAAGUAAAAGUGUUGCUUCCUCGAUAUGGACUAAGGUUCCUGAAUUUGCCGUUUAGUUUUGUUUAAACUCAACAGAACACAAGGGCGGUUCUUGAGAAGUAUCAAAGGCAUUUGCACUAGCAUAAGGAUUCAUGGCUGCAAGAAUAAGCAAAUGGAUGGAACGAAACAUGCUGGACAUUUUGAGGCUAAGAGCCGUAUUACAGACCCCAAACAUCCGGGAUACCAACUCAUUAAGUCUCGUCUUGACUCCUUCGUUGCCUGGCCGAGAAGAUAUGUCCCCAAAACUCCCGAGGAACUGGCAUCAGCGGGCUUCUUCUACAUCGGGUCAGCUGACCGGGUCACGUGUUUCCAGUGUGGGAUAACUCUGAGAGACUGGGAGGAAGAACAUGACCCUGUGGCGGAACAUCAGAAGUACUCGGAACACUGUCAGUUCAUCAACAAGACAGACCUGAACCAGCUUGGAGUUGCUACUCGGAAGCUCGGAGCAGCACAAGCAGUCAGUAAGUCUGACGACUCCAGUAACCAGAACACCAGAGAAGCGUUUACAGAACAGGUUGCAGGAGACACCAGGACCGAAUGUGCCACGGGAGGACACAUCCAUGAAAAGGAAACAGAUGAAACCAAUAUGAAUGCAGCAAUUGGCGGGGCUGUUUCAGAUAAUCCGAGCCGGAAGUCCAACAACGCAUGCGUAUCUGCAGGAGCAUGUGGUCAAGACAUAAAUGGUGGGUCUGAAAGAUGGACGCCAUCAUUGGUCAAACCGUUAUCAGUUAACGAGGAAGUGAAAUACUCAAUAAAUAAUGUCACACAUAUGUUUAAUGAUAGCCUAUCAAUGGAAUCCGCGGGGAGGGAAUCUAUGACCAAACGAGCCGUCAGUGGUUCCCCCAGUGGGAAGAGAUCAGGAAAGAAUACCGCCACAAAGUCAGUCAAAACUGAAAACAGAAGGCUGCGUGCGCAGGUCAUGUGUCGACUGUGUCAAACAGCGGAAGUUAACGUGGUAUUUCUCCCGUGCGGCCAUCUUAUCACGUGCGCCCCCUGCUCUGCACGUGUAGAAACGUGUCCUGUGUGCACGAAGAUAAUAGCUGGAACAGUCAAAGCCUUCAUGGCAUAGGCCUUAGAAUGAUGUAGUUUACUCUCAAUAUACAGUAUAUAUGAGAAAGAACUGCGUUUUACACUAAAUAUAUCAUAUCAUCUAUAUCGCCAUUCUAAUAUGAUAAAUACCCGUAGCAAUUCACCAGCCACAGUUCUGUUUCGGAAGUGACGUCACCAGUUCCACUGCUUCAGCACAGGAUUUCUCUCGCCAAUCAGAGGUAAUUGACUGGACGGAUAAUUGAAGCGUCCUUCUAUUCCAAUCAGGCUGAAGAAAAGCUUUCACAGACAAGGGUCCAGGGUAUAUAUAUGGCCAUAACAUUGAAAUAUAUUGCAGGAUAAUCGACGAUGUUAUCUAAUGUCGUAGUUUUCUAAACUGUCCAUAUUACUACUUCACAUUCAACCCUUCAACCCUCGAACUCUAUCAUCGGACAGAUGCACUGCAGUUGUUGUCAGCAUCACCUGUGUUGCUAUGGUAACCGAUGCAUAGACUCGUGUGCGUGUUGUUUAUGGCAAUGUUAACGUCCGGACAAAGAAAGUAUACACCAGUAUCUAGCGGUGUCUAAGAAGGAAUCAAACAUUCCAGAAAUGGUUACUCGAUUGUGAUGUAUCAUAACAUGGUUUUGGACUUUAGGUCGGCACAGUUUCGGCGACUGUUUUCAGCUUAAUAACGUUUAGAGAACGUUUAUAUUUGUUUCUGUCAAAUUCAGUUUUCACCUGUGUACUGGUAUUCUUUUGAUAUUUCGCCUUGAUGUUUCACGUUCCAAAAUUAAAACUAGCAGAAAA